ACGGUUGAUCACAGAGUUGGCGUGUGACGUUCCCAUGGAUGACACGCCCCCUCCCUUCAACCCUCAGCCGAAACCGGAUAUUUACGUCAGAGCUCAGAUAUGACCUCGCUGAAACUGUUCCGCAGCUGAUUCACAAACUUGAGUUAACUUUGCUUUUGUUGUAGCGUUACAAGUUUUAUAGAGCAUAGUUGUUGCCGGUUGACCAGCAAGUCUACAGGAAUUAAAGAUGAUCGCUCAGUAACGAGAAGAGGUCUGCCCGUCUGAAGACACCGCCAGGUCUGCCCGUCUGAAGAAACCGAGAGGUCUUCCCGUCGGAAGACACUGAGGUAGUACUCCCUGCGAGUCGACCUGGAUUGUCAGGGUGUUGCAACCAACGCGUAUGAUGUAACUAUGGAAGCUGGAAGAGCAAGAUCUCUCUGUCAUGUUGGCAGUCUUAUAAGGAGCAGAUCGGAGGGGACAUUGAUUGAACCGGACGAUGACACACGCAACAAAUCAAAUGGUAUUUUUGCAUCCCAAGCAACCAAGCAUUCUGAAUGUACAGUUUCACAACCAAAGGUCACACCUCUAUUGGGAACAUUAAAUCCAUUCUGGAACAAACUUGCUGGAUCCAAUCCUUUCUUAGAUUACAUGGUGCAUGGCAGCACAGAGAAAAAUCUGUUCAACGUAUCAAAUGCAAAACAGGAUCCUGACAACUUAAAAGACAUCAAUAAUGAAGAUUCAGUUAGCACAUCUUCAGAUGAGGGCAAUGUGGGGAACCGGCUGAAAUACAAACACAAGGUUAGGAACGGACCUGGAAGAUGGAGAAGUGCCUCAGAUAUUUUGGAUGAACUUGAGAGAAAGGAAUCAAAACUAGAAAAAUACCACAAACCACCCCAGCCCAUUUUGAACCCAGACUUUGAGUGGCUAAAAAAUGACAGGGAAGCAUAUAAGAUGGCCUGGCUGAGCCACAGGCAGCUAACCAGGUCAUGUCUUGACCUGGGAUUGAUGAGCCAAAGUCCUGGAUGGGCUCAAACACAGGCCACUGACGCUAUGGCUGCCUGCAAGAUUGACCACAAUGGAGGCGUGGUCAGUUUACCAGACUCACAAAAUAGUAUCUGUAUCCCAGAGGGUCACGUUCAUCCAGGGGAGGUUCAAGAAGUUUCAUUCAAAGUUAACCUUGACCCUCCUCAUUGUCUCAACACCCUUUACACAGCCACCAUGAGUCCACUUUUGGAAGUGAGGCUCAGCAACCUGAACACCAAGGAAGGGAUCACCCUGGAGCUGAAACUAGAUGGAAUUGUAAAGAACGAUCCUUUGAGUCAAGUGAUGACCACACUGGUAGGUCUCAUAUCUGACAAGAAAGAGGGGCCUUAUGGCAAGGUCAACGACUGUUUCAUUCAGGAGAACGUCAUGCAGAUAAAGCUGCACCAUUUUAGGAACCAUUUUUAUGCUAUCGCCGCUGCAGAGGCCACUGAUAUCCAGUUCCCUGCAACAUCAGUAUGGGACUACCUUGAUCAUACGUUUAUGGUUGCUGUAUAUGGUCCCAGGUACAUUCACCCAUCUUUCAAGGCGGUAAUGGUUGUCUCCCGUCACAAUGAUAUUCCACCAAGGCUUCCAUUUCCAGACAUCCGGGAAGGCAACAAAAACCUGCCCCCAGUUGUGCUGCAUCUCUGGGGAAAACAUCAGCUUAAGAUCGAAACAUUUGAAGAUCUACUUGUUGACAUUGGCAUCACAAAUUCAACAUUUAACAUAAAAGCUGAAGACGAACGAAAAGAAGUCAAACCAAGUAAACUUAAAUUGGGGAAGUUUUUGCAUUUUCCAUUUGAAUUAUCCCAUUCUGGGAAUGCACAACUGACUUGCUUCAACAUAGAUUUACAAUUGCAGGACUCAAACUCUGUUACCAUCGCACAUUUCCAGGUGUCUUCCCCAACAGCUGCACCUGUACGGUCAGAAAAAGUAGCUCCUAAGCAACUGGCCAGACGAAUGGAGAUGGCGAGAUCUUCAUCUAUUCCUGAAGAAGUAUUUCCAGAAUCACAUAAAUUCCAGGUCAAAUCUGUGAACCUUAAGUGGUACGGGGUGGCCCUAAAGUCUGUGCUCCGUCAGCCUAGGAUGGAGUACCUUCUGGAGUAUUUCAAAGGGGACACUUUGGCACUCCUCUCCAGAGAAAUGGUUAGGUCAAUUGGAAACUUUAAAGAAAAGCAGUGGUACAUUGGAUUCUGCAGAGGAAGGACGGGCUUAAUUCAUUGCAAAAACAUUAAGAUAAUUACCAGAGAGCAAGUGCUGGACUUUACUGGUAUAAAUAUCACCACAGAUGUCCUUUUGUACAACAUGACACUGCCCUUCAAAAAAUUAACUUACAUGUACUCAGCCAUCCAGACCUUGGUGACUUCACAAAUAACCAGCUGGAGAACCUUUGCUGAUGCCCUGGGAUACUCCAACCUUUCCUUGGAUGCCAUUACCCAUAGGCAUACGGAAAACGAGGCAGACAAGGUUGCGUGUGUACUGGAAAAGCUGAAGGAAGAUUGUCAUGCAGAGAAAAGCAGAAGAAAGUUCCAACACGAACUCAUGAUUGGUCUUUUGAAGAUGGACUAUGUCAGUCUGGUGGCACUGUUAAUGAAGAAUACAGUCAUCUUGUCCACUGCAGUCGAACUGGGUAUAAGAUGGAGGGAGCUGGCUGAGAAAUUUGGAAAACUCAACAGUGCUCAAAUAGCAAACUAUGAGGCUCCACAUGCAGGGAAGACUGGGGAAAUCAACGCCCAGUCCAUGUGGAAACCUGCCUAUGACUUUCUGUAUUCCUGGAGCAUGCGCUAUGGGGACAGCUAUAAAGACAUGAUCCAGGAUCUCCACCUAAUUCUGGACAAAAUGAAGAACCCUGUUACUAGACAGUGGAGGCAGCUCACUGGAGCACUCAUCACAGUGAAUUGUCUCGAAGCUCUCAGAUUCUCUGAAUACCCUUAAAAUCUAGAAUGUUCUGUAUGUACCCAUAUUGUGAGCUGUUAAUGUGGCUCUUAAGGCAUAUAUUUAAUUGAAUACACUUUCAUUCAAACAGGAAUGAGCAUGAAAAUUAAAUAUCUUAUAUACUGUAUGCACACAUACACUGAUAGACUGGAAAAAAGUUUGUAAAUUUUGGAAAUCCUGUAACUGUUCUCAAAUGCAUGGCUAGUCCAGUGAUCACCAUAAAAUUGUAACAAAGAGAAUACUUCCAUAGCUCACAAGUUUAUAAAACAGGGAGAACAUUGUAUGCACUGAAUAUGUCGGACAUAAGGUCUAAGUGCUGAAUAGUGGUUGAAUGUUGAUUAAUGCAUUAUUUAAUGUUACAUUGUCAAUAUGCCAAAUAUUGUAAAACAGCUAGGAAAGAUGCAGCCUGCCUGUGUCCGGUAUUUUAUUAUUCAUUACCUAUCGUUAUCUAAUUUUAGUCAACUGUAUAUAGCAUUAAUGUACCGUCGGUGUUUAUAUUUUUUUAAUACAUAGCUAUUGUUUAAUUACUUAGGGUUACGGUUAGAAUGUUUUCUAAUAUGGAUUUUUUUCACGGAGAAGUAAACAAAGAUCAACAAAUAUAACUAUAAUUCAUCUUUUUAUUUAUUGUCAAUUAAAAACAAUGAUAAAAAAUGUCUUAAAACAGAAAA